UCUACAUUCUUGACUUUUCAUCCUUCCAAGUGCGAUUAAAUUCCAUUCGUUUAAAAUACCGUAAGUGCAGAGAGUGUACAUCAGUGGAGACAACGGGAGCAGAUGUUGCGAUCAGCUGUUUGAACAUGACAGCUGAGCCAGUGCGUUGCACCGACGCGACUUACGAUGGAACGAUUAUGAAUUGUAUCGUGUUCACGUGCUCAUUUUGAUAGAGGGAACAAUUAUCGAAAAAUGGCCACGAGAAAUUUGACCGAGCCGUUUGUUUUAAUGCGAAAUAAUGCUCUUCAGACUAAACACAUCUAUGCCGAACAGAACAUCACCGAUCGUGUGGCGUUGGUGGAAUCGGACUCCGGUGGAUCCGAUAGUGUCGAGCUGAGAGGUAUAAACGCCGACAGCGGAGCACCACCUGCGUGGGCAGAUUCCUUGGAUGAGACGCAGUACAUCCUGAGCAGAUUACGAGUGAAGAUAGAGAGCCUGGUCGAGAUGCACUCGAAGCAACUUACCAGGCCGACUCUAGAUGACACGUCUCAGGAAGAGAGACAAAUGGAACAACUUACACGGGAAAUCGGGCGUGCGUUUUCCAACGGCUAUAGACAAGUACAAACAAUCAAGUCGGCUGGUAGACACGAGACGAAACCUGCGGAACGUCGAUUAGCUGCCAGCGCGGUGAUGGCUCUUUCGUCUGCCUUACAAGAGUUAGGUCUUCGGUAUAGAACAGCACAGAAUCAUUAUUUAACACAAGUGAAGUCGAGAGAAGAGAGAAACAGCCAAUUCUUCGCAGAUGACCAGUCUCUCUUAGACAAUGUAGCUACAGACUCCUGGUUGGCAGAAUCUAACGAGGCUGCUGCCGAUUACUGGCCGAAAGACGAGCGAAGACAGGACUCGGUUUUGUUACAAUUGGAGGAGCCUGAAGAUAGGAUGAAAUUAGCGUUGGAAAGGGAGGAGCAAAUUGGCAGUAUAGUUCAAAGUAUAGCAGAUUUGAAGCAUAUUUUCAAGGAUCUUGCAGUAAUGGUAGAGGAUCAGGGUACUAUUUUAGACCGGAUCGAUUACAACAUCGAACAGACGCAAGUACAAGUGCAGGAAGGCUAUAAACAGUUGAAGAAAGCCGAUUCGUAUCAAAAGGCCAAUAAGAAAUUGUACUGCAUUGUGGUUCUCGCGGCUGCUAUUAUAUUUCUUAGUUUUUUAUUAAUCAUAUUUAAGACGUAGAUAAGUAUCCAUAAUUGAAAUUAAUGUAAAGGAAUAUUGGGACACAUAACGCGCCUAUUGGUGCAAUUUAUCAUCAUGUUCCAUAAGAUAAAGCAUCUUUAUAGAACCUGUUGCAAUGAUGGGAAAGCUAUUUUUCAAGACUGUGACUUUUUCCAAAUGUUACGCCAAUGAUGAAAGCAGCGUAUUUAAAUGUCUAUUUUAAUCCAUUCAUCGAUUAAUCUGAUAAGAAUAUUUAACAGUGUGUAAAUGUGGCAUUAGUCGUUUUAAGAAAUAUUAAACUUGUUCCGCAAUCUAAUUUCAUGUUGAUAUUUGAUAUGCAAUGAAAUAGCAAAGAAAAUGAAUCAAUCAAAUCUUGAAUACGUUGUACAGUAGUAAAUAUAUAUAAAUAGAGAAGAAAAUAAAUAAAUCAGAUAUUGAAUACAUUGUAUAGUAAUGUAUGUGUACACACUUACACAUAUACAAAUAUAUUUAAUACUGUACAGUGUAUUCAAGAUUUGAUUUAUUUAUUUUCUCCACUAUUCCAUUGCAUUUAUAUACCGCCUUCUUGAACAUUACAUCUCCUAUCACAGAUUGUGUGUUAAGUAUUUUUGUGUUCAUACUUAUGCAUUGUCGCUAUCAUUAUUUAACUAAUAUCAA